AUGCCUGGGUCCUAUGGGACGGCUGUCACUCCUAAACACAUAUGUCUGGGUCUACACUCUGUAGAUUGGCGUGCUGGCCCGCACGCCAAUUUGCUUUGGCGUGCAGGCGCGCACGCCAAUCCGCACCUGGCGUGCAGUUUGGCGUGCGCAAUGGGGGCUGGCGUGCGUUUAUCAACGCCCACGAGGUACAAGUACCUCGUCAACUGGAAGGACACCCUUCCGGUCGACAAGGUACAAGUACCUCGCCGGCUGGAAGGAAGCCCUUCCGGUCGACGAGGUACAAGUGCCUCGUCGACUGGAAGGACACCCUUCCAGUCGUUGAGGUACUUGUACCUCGACGGCUGGAAGGAAGCCCUUCCAGCCGGCCCUUUAGAGGGCGGGUAUCCGAGGAUACCCGCUCAGAUACCCGCUGCGGCCGACGGAUACCCGCCAGCGGGUGCGGAUGCACAGAUGGCCGGAAAAAGCAGCCGGAUAUCCGCAUCCGCGCAGAUAUCCGGAUGCCAAUCGACCAUCUCUACCAAUGAUAAUGACACCAUUUUCUUUGGUUUGGGACCGAAGGAUCCAAUUGCCACAACUCUGCAAAUUUCAGAUACUGAGGCACUAUUCCAUGUGUCUACAGAGAUUGUAACCCCUCCAGGCUAA